UCCCGGUAUAGAGAGAGGCCCCCCCCCCCCCUGGAUGUCUAUGAUGUUGUGCCAGCUCGGGCAGAGGGGUGUGAUGGAGGUGGUGGUGCUGACCGUCCUGUCCUGGGUGUCCGUGUGGGCAGAGGAGAAGAUCAUAUUCGACCGACACGCUGUCUACUGGAACAGCUCCAAUCCCAAGUUCUGGCACGGAGAGUACAGGGUGGCAGUGAACAUCAACGACUAUCUGGACAUCUACUGUCCUUACUAUGAGGGUCCUCCGUCCCACGGGCGCAUGGAGCGCUACAUCCUCUUCAUGGUCAACCACGAGGGCUACACUUCCUGCCAGCACAGGAUGCGUGGCUUCAAGCGCUGGGAGUGCAACCGUCCCAGCGGUCCUGACGGACCCCUGCGCUUCUCAGAGAAGUUCCAGCUCUUCACUCCCUUCUCCCUGGGCUUCGAGUUCAGGCCCGGACAUGAGUACUACUACAUCUCGUCUCCUCACCCGAACCAUGUGGGGCGGGCGUGUCUAAAGCUGAAGGUGUAUGUCAGACCUCCAGAUGGGUCGGGAUAUGAUUCUCCGGAGCCCUUCCUGACUGAUGGAGGUCCGAGCCGGAGGCCAGGGUGCGUGGCCCUGUUAGCUGUUCUGGCCUCACUGGGACUCUCCUCCUGGCUGUGACCCCCCUCUCCCCCUCUUCCUGGAGCUCCCACCCAGGGUUGCUGAGCCGGGCUGGCUGUCCCUCUAAAUCCACCACCCCUCAGGGAAGCCUUCUGUCUCCGUCCCUCCCC